AAGUUUUGAUAAUUUUAUGACACAAUUUUGACAUUCAAGAGGCGAUAAACAUUUUUUAAAUGAAAAAUUUCCAAUGAAGAUUUGAACUAAGAAUAACCAUUUUUUUAUACCUAAAGUUUUUUGUUUAUGUAGAUUAGAAAAAAUUAAGUUAUAAUUAUGAGUUUUAACGCAGAAAAAGGAGAUGAUUUUGAAUUAAUUUACUCAUGGCUCGAUGGAAUCCCUUUUUCUCGACCGAAGAAAAAUACAUCCAGAGAUUUUUCCGACGGAGUCUUAAUGGCUGAAUUAUUGAAAAGAUAUUAUCCUCGACUUGUUGACGUUUAUAACUACAUUCCUGGAAACAGUAUUGCAAAGAAAAUUGAUAAUUGGUGUACAUUAAAUCGCAAAGUCUUGUCUAAAAUUGAUAUGAAACUUUCUAAAGAAACAAUUGAUCGUUUAGCAAAUUCACAAAACGGAGUUAUUGAAAAAGUCUUAAACGAUUUGCGUGUAAAAAUUUUGAAAGACUCGAACACUGAUUCGGAAACAUUAUACAGUGAAGCAGAAGAAAAAGGAAAAGGCGAGUCUACGAGAAAUUAUUUAAAUCCAGAAUUGCUGACAAACAAAACUGUUCCUCGAUUAGUUUUUAUGCAAUUAAAACAGGAAUUACAGGAAAAAAAUAAUGCCAUUAGUAUUUUAAGUGAAAAAGUUUCGGCUCUAGAAAGUCAAGUGGAAAUAAAGGAUCAACGAAUAUACGAUCUCACUGCACAAAUUUUAUCUACAAAUCAAAUUUUCAACGCGCCAAUUCCAGCUUCAAGAAGUGGAACAUCGAAUAAACUACGAAAAAGUAAUACAAUAAUUAACUAAUAUUACUUUAAAUUCGAAAAUUUCCAUGGAUAUUAAAAAUUUUACAUUCAAAAAUCAUUAAUUGUCAAAUAUCUCGUUUGUCGCCAAAAAAUAAAAUCAAAGUACAAAUUGCGAA